AUGUGACUGCGUUUGGUAUCGUGUAGCGUAAAUAACAAAAUGUGGAACGUUCGAAGUAGCACUUAUUUAACUUAUAAACUUAUUUGUGUUCCCUUCGUGUUCUCGGUUUAGUCUGUAUCGCAUAUUGUAACAAGAAACUGUCAGUGACAUACAUCACGAAUGUAUCAUAACCUCGAUGAGCGUGUAAAGUGGAGCAGUCGGUCCGAAGUAAAAGUUUCAUUAAUGUAACAUAUUCACGCGAAAGAACGGAAAGAUUUAAGAAAGAGAUUCAAAAUGGCAAACGAAACGGAGGACACGAUCACUCACAAGACUCACAGAGAACGUAACGCUGGUCGAAAAGCGGAGAAGAAGAAAGGCAAGAAGGAACACGUUCAAGAACUGACGGACAAACAGAAGAAUCCGAAAGCGUUUACGUUUCACUCCGCGGUGAAGGCAGAAAGACGAUUCAGACGGAAACAGGAUAUUGAAACCAAGAAACAACAUAUACCGCUUGUUGACAGGACUCCCCUAGAACCGCCACCUGUUUUAGUCGCAGUUGUCGGUCCCCCAAAAGUAGGAAAAUCCUUGGUAAUUCAAUGUCUCAUUAAAAACUACGUAAGACAACCACUGACCAACAUAGUUGGCCCCGUCACCAUCGUCUCCAGCAAAAAGAGGAGGGUUACGUUUAUGGAGUGCAACAACGACAUAAACAGUAUGAUAGACAUAGCAAAAGUAGCAGAUUUGGUGUUACUGCUGAUAGACGCGUCCUUCGGGUUCGAGAUGGAGAUCUUUGAAUUUUUAAACAUAUGUCAAGUACACGGUAUGCCCAGGAUCAUGGGCGUUCUGACGCACUUGGAUUUAAUAAAGAACGCGAAGCAGUUGAAGAGUACCAAGAAGACUCUGAAGCAUCGUUUCUGGACGGAAGUGUACGCCGGAGCGAAAUUAUUCUAUCUAUCCGGAUUGGUUCACGGAGAAUAUUUACGCACGGAGACUAAAAACCUAGGCAGGUUUAUAUCCGUGAUGAAGUUCAGGCCUUUGACUUGGCGCAGCAUGCAUCCUUACGUUCUUGCUGACAGAGUGGAAGAUUUAACGUCUGCGGAACUGAUUAGGCAAAAUCCAAAAGUUGACAGAACUGUAUGUUUAUACGGGUACGUAAGAGGAAUUCCAUUGAACAAAGAAACAUCCAUACAUAUUCCCGGAUGCGGAGACGUGAAGAUCAAAGACGUCAGUUUCCUGCCGGAUCCCUGCCCCUUGCCAGAGGCGUUAAAAAAGCGUGCAUUGGUAGAGAAGGAACGACUAAUUUAUGCACCAUUUUCUGGGGUCGGCGGAAUAGUUUACGACAAAGACGCCGUUUACGUCGAAUUGGGCGGCAGUCAUUCUUACAAGGAAGACGACACUGGUCUGGUUGGAGCUUUGAUGGACACUCAAGAAACGCUCGAUCAAAAAUUGCAGCACAGCGAGUUGCAGUUAUUUAGCGACGCUGCUCCGAUAAAGUCACAAGACGUGACUGAGAGUUUUGGUAAUUACGUGGGCGAGACGGUGAUCCAAGAUGGCAGAGUACGAAGAAAGGUGAUAUUCGACGAUCUAUCGGAUGGUAGCGAUCACGAAAAUGACGAGGAAUCCGAGGACGAAAACGAGCAGGAUACCAAGGAAACUGAUAAAAAAGAAAAAAAAGCUGAACGUAUGUUGGAGGAUGAAAAAGAGGGAUUAGAAGAAAGUGAGAUGCACGAUAGAAAGAGCAUAAAAAGGAAAAGUAAAAGCAGUCAAUUAGAAAAUGUCAAACGUCAAAAGAAAAGCAGUUCAGACUGCGAGGUUAGCGACGUCGAUAUGGUGGAAGAAAAGUCUUCGAAUUCGGGUAAUCUCAAUGCUUCAGAAACACCAAAUGCAGAGGUUUAUUAUUCCGUAAGCAAAGAGUCUGAUAUAUUGAUAAAGAACAAGAUAACAGAAGCGCUCGGUUUGCUAAAUUCCAGUUCGAGCAAAGUAAAUGAAAAAUCAAAUAGCGAGAGUGAAAGCUUCGACGAGCUCAGCGACGAAGAUUCGCGGGCUAAAUUGAAAAUGGACGACGCGGACGAGGAAACUAACUCGCCGCGUGAAUCUUCCGACGAGGAGGAAGAAGACAACGAGGAUACAGAGAAAGAUGAAUCCGAGGACGAGUUAAAAUGGAAGUCGAAUUUGGCCGACAGAGCCAGGGAUGCUUUCGAGGAUCGUCAGCGAAGUAACAAGAAUCUAAUGAAACUUGUAUACGGUGUAUUCGAUAGGAAUAACCUCGUGGAAGAGAAAGAUGAGAAACAGGAGGAAAACGACAACGAAAUAGGUGGGAUCUUCCGUAGGGUCCAAGAAAAAGAGAAGCAAAAGAUCAGAGAACGAGAAUUACAGAAUCUGGAGGAUUCUAUAUUCUUCUCGGAGGCGCCACGCGAUUGGCUGGACGAGGAAAACAAGCUGCUCGUAGUAAAUCGUUUCGUAACAGGGAAAUGGAAGAAAUCGGAAGACGCUGAGGCGCUUUUAAAGAUGGACGACAUGGACGACGAGGAUCUGUACGGGGACUUCGAGGACUUGGAAACUGGAGAGAAACACGAAGCGAAAGCGCCAAAAGAAUCGACCGUGGAUGAAAUGGAAGAGAAGAAGAAGCUCAUAGAGAAGAAGAAAAAAUUAAAGGAACAAUUCAACAUGGAGUACGACAACAACGAGACCAAGACGUACUACGACGAGCUGAAACAAGAGGUGGAGAGGCAGGCGAAUUUGAACAAAUCAGAGUUCGAUGGCGUGGACGAUGACGUCAGAGUUCAGCUGGAAGGUUAUCGUCCAGGCAUGUACGUACGCGUCGAGAUAGAAGAUGUACCUUGCGAGCUCAUCACUCAUCUAGACCCUACCUAUCCACUCAUUCUCGGAGGACUAUUACACGGCGAGGAGAAUAUCGGUUAUGUUCAUACGCGAAUCAAAAAACAUCGAUGGUACCCCAAGAUCUUGAAGAGCAGAGAUCCGUUGAUACUCAGCAUGGGCUGGAGACGAUUCCAAACGCUCCCGAUAUUCUCCAAACUGGAAGACAAUUUACGGAGCAGGAUGCUGAAGUACACGCCGGAGCACGUUGCUUGCAUGUCCCAUUUCUGGGGGCCAGUCACUCCACAGGGUACCGGUGUCCUGGCUGUUCAGGACGUCGCCACCAGGGCGCCAGGGUUUCGAAUAGCAGCGACAGGUUCCGUCGUCGAGAUGGAGAAGAGCACGGAAAUCGUUAAAAAGCUGAAGCUCACCGGUGUACCCAUGAAGAUAUACAAGAAGACUGCCUUCAUCAAAGACAUGUUCAACACGACGCUCGAGGUAGCGAAAUUCGAGGGCGCCAGGAUAAAGACUGUGUCUGGUAUACGUGGACAAAUAAAGAAAGCAGUCUCGAAGCCGGAAGGGUGUUUCCGUGCUACGUUUGAAGACAAAAUACUUCUGAGCGACAUUGUGUUCUGUCGAACCUGGUACAAAGUCGACGUCACGAAGUUCUACAAUCCCGUAACGUCGCUUCUAUUGCCGCCUGAAGAGAAGAAUCGUUGGCAAGGUAUGAAAACCACCGGCCAACUGAAGAGAGAAAAGAACAUCCAUAUGCCAGCCAAUAUGGAUUCCAUGUACACGGCCAUCGAGAGACAGCCAAAAGCGUUCGGUCGUCUGACCAUUCCUAGGAGCUUGCAGAAAGAGCUUCCGUAUCGAAACAAGCCAAAAUUGAUGCCAAGUAAUCGCAAGCCCAAGUUCAAGGACGGCAGGGUGGCUGUGGUGAGGGAACCAAAGGAGCAGAAAGUAGCUAAGAUCAUGGAAAUGAUCAAAACGAAUUAUACUCACAAGCAACGACUGCUGAAAGCAGCCACUAAGAAACGAAUGGAGGCGUAUCAAGCUCGGAUCAAAGUGGAAGAGACACGGAAGCUGAAGAGGCAAAAGGAACUGAAGAAACACGUGUUCAGGGAACUUAGUAAACUGGAAAAAAAGAAAAACAAACGGUAAUACGGUAAU